CAGUAGUGUUCCCCCCUACUUAAUCAACCACAGGAAGACCUCACAAAGUUUCUAGCUACAAAGACCAUAGACAUAAGAAAGAAAAAGAUAGAAAGAGGGAGAGAGGGGGAAAGAGAAAGGAAAACAUCUUUUUUUUCCUUUACAGUGAUCAUCUCAGGGAAAGAAAAAGAAAGGCAUGAAUAGAAGUGUCUUGCAAAGCUCCCCGGUGCAACAAAUGAUGGCUGGGAACCCUAACAACUUGUGGAACUUCAACACCAUGCACUCUCCUUCUCAACAACCUUCUCCUAAUUUCUUUUCCAAUUCUUCUAAUAACUUCCUAACCCCACAUCAUGCCCCUCCUUCUUCUUUUCCUUUUCCUCCUUGGCAUGACAAUCAAGAGCUUCCUGAGUCAUGGAGCCAAUUACUCAUGAGUGGACUUAUGUCUGAAGAAGACAAGGCUGGCAUGUGCCAAAUGCUAAUAAGUCAGGCUUCAAAUACUUCUCUUGUUGAUGUUAAGCAAGAAAGCUCAGCAAAUAGCUAUGUUUUUGGACAUGGUAAUGAAGAAUUUCAGGCAGCAAACCCCACCUGGUCUCAACUAGGAUCUGGUUCUUCUUCUUCUUCCAAAUCUAGUGGUACAAGUUUCAGCAGCAGUGUGUUGGAUUUCUCUAACAAUAAGACAGAUGCAAGGCCUCUUGCAUCAGAUCCAUCUUCUGAGUGCAAUAGCACUGGAGCUGGUGGGGCAUUCAAGAAAGCUAGGGUUCAACCAUCUACAACUCAAUCUACCUUCAAGGUUAGGAAGGAGAAGUUAGGUGACAGAAUUACAGCCCUUCAUCAACUCGUUUCCCCAUUUGGGAAGACUGACACAGCCUCUGUCUUAUUAGAGGCUAUUGGUUACAUCAGAUUCCUUCAGAGUCAAAUUGAGGCUCUUAGCUUGCCAUACUUGGGGAGUGGAUCAGGGAACAUGAGGCAUCAACAAUCUGUUCAAGGAGAUCAGAGGAAUUGUAUAUUCCCUGAAGACCCUGGUCAGCUGCUGAAUGAAAACUGUUUGAAGAGGAAAGCAGCUGGUGAUCAGGUAAAUAUGCAUGAUUCACAAGAAGAACAAAAGAAGGAUCUGAGGAGUAGAGGGUUGUGUCUGGUUCCAGUUUCAUGCACACUCCAAGUUGGAAGUGACAAUGGAGCUGAUUAUUGGGCUCCUGCUUUUGGAGGGGGAUUUCGUUAAUUAGAUCUGGUUUUAGCCUAUUAACUGAUGCAGCAUAUAUACAUAUAUCUAUCUAGCUAUAUAUAUGUGGGCAGCAUUUAGAGAGAAAAUUGAUGGAAAUUGUAUAACAUCAUGAGCAGUCAAUCUGCAACAAGAUCCAAGGCUGAUUGCUCAUGAUGCUAUAUAUGCACACCAUUCCUCAUGAAUAAUUUGUGUGUUGCUCGCUGCAGUCAACUAUACAUUUGCAAACCCUUGUUAAUUAGCAGUCUUCAAUUUAUGCAAAUCAAGCUUUUACUUAGUUUCA